UUCUGCCAGGUGGCAGCGUCUUAUAAAUAACGCAGAAGAAAAACGUUUUUUAGGAGCCGAUAAACUUUGUUGACUUUCAUUUUAAUCAUGUCUGAAUUACAGGAAUUCGAUCAAGCCGCUGAGGAUGUCAAGAACUUGAACAGCACGCCGGCUGACAAUGAUUUGUUGGAGCUCUACAGUCUCUACAAGCAGGCCAAAGUGGGAGAUUGCAAUACAGACAAGCCCGGCUUUCUGGACUUCAAGGGCAAAGCCAAGUGGGAGGCGUGGAACAAAAUAAAGGGCAUGAGCAAUGCCGACGCCCAGUCUGCUUACAUUGCCAAGGUGAAAUCUCUGAUUGCCGCUGUGGGUCUAAAGUCCUAAACAGUGAGAUUGAGAUAUAUGCUCUUAAAGAUUUAUUACAGAUUACAAAAAUUUCGAAGUGACAUUCAAUUUUCAUACGUAAUACGCACAAAAUAUCACAACAUUGAAAACAUCUGCACAAAAUACACGAAUUGAAAAAAAUAAAUAAAAUUUCGAAUGCAA